UAUUUGUUAAAAAUAUUUCUUUAGCUAUUACGAAGAAUAACUUAUGAAAAUAACGUAAAACAUUAAAAUUAAAAAUAAUACAAACUAGAAAUAUUUCCAGGGUCUAACAAGCAUCGGAGAUGCUCCACCAGGCCCGCUGGCUUAUGCUGCUGAUAGCAGCAGCUCUCGCGCUGCAGUCCCGAGGAGAAGGAGGCAUCAGACUACCAGACCAACCGCCCAAAGAGGAAAACCAGGGGAGGUCUUUAAACUUUGGUGGCGAUGAUAGGGGAAGAUCGCCUCAAGCCCAAGGUCGUGGUUUCCUUGAUUGGUUGGGCUUUGGCGAAGACCAGGACCCGUACAUCCAACAGGCUACACAGCAGUGCAUCAAUGGAGACUUGGCUGAUUGCUUCAAAGCUCAAGCUCUUAGGUCUUUCGAUGAUUUCUUCGAUAAACAAGCAUACCAGUUAUCUGAUAAUGCAGUACUAGUGAAAGUAGAAUCACAAGCCAGAGCUCUAGUACACGAACCACCAACAUUAAGUUCUCAACCCCGCAGCGAAGAUUCCGACUGGGAUGCCUUAGUCAAAUAUGGCAUGAGGAAGAUUGAACGAUUUCUAAGAUCUACUGCUCUUGAAUUUCAAUUAGACGAUGAAGUUACAUCCAAUGGAAUAACUGCCCCAAGAUUCCUUGACGAUAUCGCUGAUGAAGUUGACAUAAUUGAAGACAAAAAGGCACCACCAUUCCGUCGCCAUAAGUUGAAGAAGCUGAUCAUCCCGAUGCUGUUAAUUUUGAAACUGUUCAAAGUGAAACUUCUGUUGUUCCUACCUCUCAUACUUGGACUGGCAAGCUUUAAGAAAUUCCUCGGUUUCAUGGCCCUGAUUGUUCCAGGAGUAAUAGGAUACUUCAAAUUCUGCAAACCCAACCUUAGCUCUCCUUUUUCACCAAGUCACUACAGUGGCCCUCAGUACUCGCCAGCUGGCAUUGGCCUUGGCCCAUACAGAGAAGGACAUGCUCCAGCGCAAUAUGCACAUUAUGAUGGCUACGGUGUAAGUAAACCAUUAUCACAAGAUUCGCUAGAUUUCAUUUAUAUUUGUUGUUUGUUGACUUUCAUUUAAUCUGUGAUUGAGAUGAAUGUCGUUGGUUGGAGAGCAAAUUAAAGAAUUAAGAAAAGAUAGAUGGACUGU